CUAUUCAUCCCCAUUUAUUUAUUUAUUUUCGAAAUAUCGUCGCUACGCACCGAUCCUUCGAAAAGGGUUUGCGUCGCCGUGAAAGCAGCCUCACCGGGCACGGAACGAAUUUAGAGCACAAGCUGCAAGGGCGAUACAGAGGGCACGAGAUGCAAGGGGGAGAGGAUUUAAGCAUCGAGGAGCUCGCUUCCAAUCUCUCUACUUACAAAGAUCAGCUCCGCGAGAUUAAAAAGAUUUUGGCUGAUGACCCUGGAAACUCUGAAUAUAUAGAUAUGGAGAAGGAACUUGAAGAGGUUAUUGCAUUGACAGAGGAGCUUCUGACAACUGCAAAGCCAACAGAUUUUCAUCGGCUUGAUUCUGUUGCAUCUCCCAACACUCAUUUUGAUGGGACAUCUCACUCCAAGGCAUCAUCUGAAUAUUCUCAGCCAUAUGGAAGUUUUCCUGUUGGUACUAAAGUCCAAGCAGUUUGGAGCGAAGACGAGGAAUGGUAUGAUGCAACCAUUGAAUCUAUUACUCCUAAUGGAUAUUUUAUCUCCUAUGAAGUCUGGGGAAACACGGAGGAGGUGGAUUUUGCUAAUGUUAGGCCAGUUGAAGAGGUGAAUGCAUUACUAGAAGCUGAAAGGGAAGCUGAAGCUACCAGACAGGCUAUCAAAAGGAAAAUUGCACAAGCUGCUAUAACUGACUUCCAAGCACGAACUUUACCUGCUAAACUUCGCAUCGAUCCCAAUGAUCCAGAUGAUGUGAAAGCUGCUAAGCGGAAGAAAAUACACUCUUUCAAGUCAAAGGUUCGAAGUGAGCAACUUGAAGUUGCACAAAAUAAGCGGCAGAAUGCAUGGCAGCAAUUCCAAUCCGCCAAAGGAAAGACGAAAAAGAUUGGGUUCUUCUCUGGGCGCAAGCGAGAAAGUAUCUUCAAGUCUCCAGAUGAUCCCAACGGUAAGGUUGGUGUUAUCGGCAGCGGAAAGGGACUGACAGAGUUCCAGAAGAGGGAGAAACACUUGCAUCUUAAGGGAGGCACUGUGGAUACAGAGGAGUAGGUAGCGUAAGUUAACUUCCAAUUGAAGGUUGAAAUGGAAUGAGAAUUCGCAUCUCUAACUUUAUGUGUGUUUCUGGAGAUAGUUUUUAACUUGGUUUCACACAUUUCCUCUAUAUCGGCAGCUACAUUGUAAAGUACAACUUUGCUAGAAAGUCACUAAGUUCGGAUACUUUUCAUCAA